CAAGUCUGUACCUUUUGCAGACUAUCAUCGAAUUAGCUGAAAGGGGACCUGGCGGUUUUGAGCCAUCUAGUUUUUGUUCGGCUUGCUUAGUAAAACGACCCAUACGUUCGAAGCAUUGUUCCGUGUGCAACAGAUGUGUGGCCCGUUUCGACCAUCACUGUCCGUGGGUCGCGAAUUGCAUAGGGGCGAAGAACCAUAAAUAUUUCCUCGGAUUUCUUGCCGCUUUAGUUAUCAUGUGCUGUCAAAUGCUGUAUGGUACAUCUCAAUACUGGGUGAAUCAGUGUAAUGUUGUACCGAAGAAGGACAGUUUUUUCGAGGUCUUAUUGAAAAUUGGUCGUUGCGAUCCGUGGGUUGCUUGGGUCGCAACAAAUUCUGUGCUGCAUUUGGCGUGGGUCUUCAUGCUUUUCAUCUGCCAAUUGUAUCAGAUUCUCUGUUUGGGAAUGACAACAAACGAACGUAUGAAUAGAGGAAGAUACAGCCAUUUCAUAAACAAUCGCGGAAAGAGUCCAUUUUCCAGGACGGCAUUUCUGAAUUUAAUUGACUUCUUGGAAUGCACCUGCUUUGGUCUCGUCAAACCCGAAGUUAAAGAUUGGAUGACAAGCUACGACUUAGAUAAAAGGGUUGAAUGUCAACCGUUGUUGAGGCAUAAGGACAACUUUCAAUAUGUUUAAUGAGAUUUUUAAUUGUACAAUGUUUUGUUAGAAUUUGCUUUGUUUUUGUUAUUUGAGACUGAACUGAUAAGUUUAAGAUUAACAACACCGCAUAUUGAUGUAAUAAAGUGCAUAGAUAAUAAGAAAAUUUUUUGGCAAUUAUUUAGAGGCACUGAUUAAACAGGCUGAAUUGUACAUGAAGUUAAUCGUGGGAAAAGAGCAACCAGGAUACACAAAACUAACAAUCUUCAAGAGAGGGAACAGGACGUAUUAUUUAUAUUGUGACGCCGAAAUAAAAAAUUCGUAUUGACACAAAU